AUGGCCAACCACAUCAGCGUCGUCAUACCUCAGGACAGCCGCACCUACAUCCACUGGGAUGCCGACGGCGUGGAGACCGUCCCGCCGUCCGAGGCAGAGGACAUCCCCGCCGUCGUGGAGGAGCUCAGGAACAUCCAGCGCGCCUACUUCGACAAGACGGGACGAUGCUACUCGGGGCUGCAUGCGACAACGACGCACGAGGUCGUCAAGGGCACCUUCGUCGUCCCCAGCCAUCUGCCCGCUCACCUGCGUCAGUCAGACCUCUUUGCCAACGAGGGCGUCUACCCGGUCGCUUGCCGGUACUUCACGUCGGAGCAGUCGGCACCGGGCCGGGACCACGAUGAUGAUGAUUAUGUCGGCCGGUCCAUCGGUGGCUUCGACCUAAAGAUCUUUGGCGUGCGCGGCGUCAAGUUCCCAGACGGGCCAAGACUGCCCAUCCAGGAUCUGUCACUCAGCAGCAACUCCGCCGCGAUCAAUCUCGCAGACGCCAAGACGGCCCGGGCGAUCCUCGAUGACCUUCGCAGCCAGCACUCGGACGACCUAUCGGAGGUCUACCGAGCCCUCGAGACGCUGCAACUUGACGACGCCGCCGUCCCCUCGUCCCCCGUCAGCAGCAAGACCUUCAACCGCGUCCGCCCCUACACGUCCCGGACAGCGAGCCGCUUCGGCAAGUACAUUGCGCGGUACCGCCUGGUGCCCACCGAUCUGACCAAGCGUAAGCUGGAAGACGAGGCGCUCAAACCCCAAGAUGACCAGGCUGAUGCCAAUUCUGGUGACGCCGGCGAUGUAGACGCUCUGAUUGACGAGCGACUGCGCAAGUUCCACUCGCGCAACGACGUCGAGUACGAGCUGCAGGUCCAGCUGUGCGAGGACCUGGAGCAGCAGCCCGUCGAGGACAUUGGCGGCGCCGGCUGGGACGAGGAGAAAUUCCCCUUCCAGACCGUCGCCAAGCUGGUGAUCCCGCGCCAGCAGGGCACACACGACGCCAAGAGGCUGCAAUUCUGGGACGACCGCGUGCGCAUCAACCCGUGGAACGGGCUGGUGCUCCUGCAGCCGCUUGGAGGCGCGAGCCGCCUGCAACGAGUUGUAUACCCCGCGAGCGAUCUGAUGAAGAGCGGGCUGACCGGCCAGAAGUCCAUGAACGUUCUGAGCGUCACCGAAAUCCCGUGA